UUUGCUAUUGGGUUCAGAGUAUAGCUCUCAAUAAGUCAAUUUGUUCAUCUUUUGUGUAGCAGAAAGCCCAUUUGGCCAAUUGACUCGAUCAUCAUUCAAAUCAGGCCCAUUACGAACUGCCCUCUGCACGAGACUGAGACCGGGACAAACUGUUGACGGUUGAACAAGCCAUAAAACGUCAACCUUUUGAACAGCAGGGCAGGGCUGGGUCAAUCGGGAAAUGCCAGUCAAGAUUUUUCAACGCUUCAGACCUCUUCAAUUCUUACGGUUUCUUUUGGUUGCAUGGCAGCGGCUCCUCUUCUUCAUACAUAUAUAUAUAUAUACAUGUCUUUGGAGAUGCUCAAACAUAUCUUCAUUCAAGUUCACAACAACGAUUCUUAAAACAGAAACACAGCAAGCUCAACUUUCCAUUCAUGGCUUCCUUAACAUCUUCGACUCUCUUGUCCUCGUUUUCUGCUCCCUCUUCUUCUCCCUGUGCUUGCACCUCAUCCCGUUCUACAUCGAAGGGGAUGAUCAAUGCUGCAAUACAUCCCCCGGCCUUCCCCAAGGUUCAGUCAAGCUCGAGCAAGAAGCUGCAUUUCCAAGAACUUAUAAACACGAGAAAUGGCUACAUGGCCCCUGUGCAACAGUUGCUUGACCUGACCGACGACAUGUCCGUAGUGAUCAGCGAGCCAUGUCGGUCAUCAGAUGCAGCUGCUGGUUCAGUGAGUGAGCAGAUGUACUCGCUCCUCGAGGUGGUUGCAGAUAGAGUAGAGAUGCAUGGGAAUAUCGGCAAGCAGCGGGAAAACUGGAACAACCUCUUGCUCAAUUCCAUCAAUAUGAUGACUCUCACGGCCACCACAGUGGCUGGCCUGGGAGUGGCUGUUGGAGGCGGAGCUCCUCUGGGGCUGAAGCUGUCUUCAACUCUCUUGUUCACUGCAGCCACCGGAAUGUUGCUCGUGAUGAAUAAAAUCCAACCCUCGCAACUGGCUGAAGAGCAGAGGAAUGCAGUGAGGCUAUUUAAACAGCUUGAAAGCGAGAUGCGGUCAAGGCUUGCCCUCCGGGCUCCGACACAAGAGGACGUGGAGGAGGUGAUGGAGAGGAUUCUUGCACUAGAUCGAGCAUCCCCUCUCCCUUUGCUCGGGGCCAUGCUCGAGAAGUUCCCGAAAAAGUUCGAGCCUGCUUCCUGGUGGCCAAAAGCCAAUCCCGAUAAAGUCUCAGCCCGCCGGAGUAAUAGACAGGUGAAUCAUUUUCCAUCAAGACGAGGAAACAACGGAUGGAGCGAGGAGUUGGAGGUGGAGAUGAGGGCCAUUGUUGAUGUGCUGAAGAGAAAAGAUGAGAAGGACUACCUGAGGCUUGGCAACAUUGCCUUGAAGGCCAACAAGGUAUUGGCUGUUGCGGGCCCCGUGCUCACGGGCCUAGCCGCCGUGUCUUCCAUCUUCACUGCAGGGUCCUCCGCUGCAGCAGCAGCUGCAGCGAUGGUGGCAGUCACAGCCGGAUCAUUAGCAGCUGCAGUGAACUCGUUAGAGCACAGUGGGCAAGUGGGGAUGGUGGUGGAGAUUUAUAGGAACUGCGCGGGAUUCUUCAGACUGUUGGAGGAGUCGAUCGAGUCAACGCUGGAGGAGAGGGAUGUGGAGAGUCGAGAAAACGGGGAGUUGUUUGAGAAGAAAGUGGCAAUGAAGCUCGGAAGGAGCCUCUCGCAGCUCAGAGAUUUGGCUAGGAAAUCCAUUUAUUCCGGCAUCAAAGGGACCGAGAUCGAUGAAUUCGGAAGCAAGCUCUUCUGAAUUACUAAUCUCUUGUGCCCCAAGAAUUCAAACUCGUGUAUAGUUAGAGCCUUAGUUAUGCUAAUCAUUCAUUCUUUGAUUAUUUCAACACAAUCUUUGUAUACACCACAUAACUAAAGUGGAAACUGAUCGUGUGAAUUUUAUUUGCAAUCCAUUUGCGGGAUGGUACAAAAGCGGCCUUUCUUAAUGUAU